AUGUACGAAGACGAGGCUUCGUUGAAACCGUCAGACGGAUAUUGUUGUCUUGUCCCCGGAUGCAAAGCGGUUCCGUUCAAGCGCAAUGCCGACCUUGACCGGCACUACAAGAACAUUCACCGACCCGCCGAGUCGAAAGAAACGUACUAUUGUGAUUAUUCGAAAUGCAGCCGUCGCAACUCGCCGUUCCACCGCAGAGACCAUUUCCGCGAUCACUUGCGCGACUACCACAAAGAGAGCAUUGCGAAGCGCGGCAAGCCUAUUCAAACGAACUGGUCAGAAAGCAACAACGUACGCAAGGAGUGGUGGAGAUGUACGAGAUGUCUGAAGCGAGUCAUGGUGGCGUCUAACGGUUUUGAGUGUCCGGGAUGCAAGACGGCGCGCGCACAACCCGACGCCAAGUCCUCCAAGUAA